GCAGCUCCAUCAAAAGCCCCAAGCAGCUUCAGGGUGACUGCAGUUACUUCUACAAUUAUUACAGCAUCCUGGCAGUUACCACCAGCAGACUCCAGAAAUGGAAUAAUUAUAGGAUUCAAAUUGUUUUACAAAAAGAGAGGCUCUGCUGGACGAGCAACCACCCUGACCAUUAACAAUAGAACCACAUUAAGUAAAGAUGUCACUGAGCUUGAUGUUUACACAGAAUAUGAAUUUGAAGUGUUGGCCUUUACUUCAGUUGGUGAUGGACCAAGGAGUUCUCCUUUAGUGGUGGUGAGAACUACGAAAGAUGGU